AUGGGAUCACCAGAAGUAAAACUCAAAUUAAAGUCACAUCUUGCGAAGAUUGUUGACGUUGCAACUGAUUUAAAUGAAGUGAGUCUCUAUUGGCAGAAGUUUUGGACUCUUCCAACAUCUGUUGAUGAUAUUGUGGCUGUAUUCUUACCUUGUGAUAUUAGAUACAUCAGAGAUAAUCACAGAUCUGCCUUCACAAAACUGAUACAUUCAAUAACCAAUAGGUUGAUCUACUUAACAAAAUUGAAGAAGUUUCCAUCAGCAAAUUUUCCUUAUAUCGAGCUUCUUAAUUGCAUACGCUUACUGACAGUCAUCCUUCCAUUCUUAUAUGAAAAACCCAGUCUUUUAUUUAUUGAAAACGAUGUCUUUUGGAACAGAAUAUACCGUACACCCUUUUAUUCAUCACAUCGUGCAUUUCAUGAGAAUAUCUCGUCAGAUACGGCAUAUUCUGAUGUAUCUGGUUUAGAUGGUUCUGUGCAUCCUCGUCCCGACUCUGGUGUUGCCUUAGACAACACUGUCGGGAUAACUCACCAAGAUACCGAACGACACGAAAAACCAGUGGGAUCGGAACUGAUUGACUCGUGUCUUGACCUCUUGUUUACUUCAGAAUUUACCGUUGAGAAUACUAGAGAGAGAAAUCAGAACUCAAACUUUGCCAAUUUUAACCAACUAACAGUGUGGGAACCUGGAUAUGAAGCAAAGGGAUUGUAUCAAGAUCCUAAACUAAAAUAUGAUUCCAACAGGCUUGAAAUAGUAAGAUUUCUAUUGGUUUUGUUUUCACGAAAUAUGUAUUGUUUACCUUCAAGUGUUGUCAAAGUUGGAUCCAGAUUUCUAACAUAUUUUGUCUCUGCAACAAAUGGUAGGAAAUAUUACAUUUUGUGUCUCUCCCUACUUAACACUUUGCUAAGGUCUUUACAAUCCAACGGAGAUAAGGCAAGAGUUAAUGAAUUUAGUGAUCCAGAACAUAAAAACAACAAUGGGCUAGAAGUACCUGAUGAAAAUCACAAGAAAAUAAGAAUUCUAAUGGUGACGAAUGCAAUACAACUUUUCACGUUGAUGAUAGCAUACUCGUUGCCUAAGAAUGAUAUUGAUUUUUUGUUUGGAAGCGGCAUACUUUCAAGAGAUGAAACUGCUCGAAAUAGGACGAGAAUGUUUCUCAACAAAGUCAACACUUCUAAAGACAUGAAUUUUAUAAUUAGAUCAUUAACUGGGUCUCUGUUAGGACCUGUAUUAGAUGAUGAAAAUAAUACAUUUACCUCUUUAAUGAAGACUUCAAAGCUAUUAGGUAGUGGGGAAGUUCACUUAUUCAGUAAGGAAAUAAUGAUUGUCAUCUUGGAGUUCUAUCAAUGCAACUCCAAAUUUAGGGUAUACUUUGCUGAAAUUGCUGGUGCACAAUAUUUUAUUGCGUUAAUGUAUUAUAUUACAAAAUUUAAAGAUGACGGUAAAUACAAACGCUAUCUCAAAUUAUGUGUUUACAACCUUUUAUAUUUGUCAUCUGAGUUUAGGAUGGCUAACAAGCUGCUCAUAGCAUUUGAUCCCGAUAUUUAUGAAUCAUUACCUAAUAUUUCAAGGACUCCCACAUUUCCCACUUCAUAUAGAGAUUAUCUCAUCCUGCAGAUUUGCAAUUUACUUAUCUCUAAGCAAGAUUUUGAAUAUAGCUUGCAGUUAUGCCAAGUGUUGUACAACCUAAUUUGUAUACAUGUAUUGGUGCUCGAACAUAGCAGAAAGGGAGAUCUCGAGAUAACGCAGAAUAGAAGAUUUUCAGUUAAAGAUUUAUCCAAAUGUCCCCCAACCCAGGUAUCAUAUGCAGCAUCAGCAUUGGUGAUGCAACUGAUUGCAAAAAUGUCAAGCUUUGAUAAUUUGGCUAAAGAGUAUGAAAACCAGUCUGAGAAUUUAUCACUACUACUUAGAGCAUGUUGUCAUGCGAUUUCACGAGAUCCAACUGAGUCGGUAAUUCUUUUAUACACGUUCUCGAAAAAUGCGAAUCUGCUCAAUAGGCUGUCCAACAAUCUCACUAGACUAUCAGAAGAUCGGUUCAGGCAGAUAUUGAUUGAUGAGAAGAAAGAGUUCGACAUGGCAAUACAAAAUAGACAAAUGCAAUUUCGCAAAUUACUAUAUCAACAGGUUCAUGAUGAUGAAGAUAAUGAGGAUUAUAUUGAUUAUACCACAGAACUUGAGAAAUAUGACGCUUUGAAAUCUAAAGAUUCUUUAGACUUUCCGCCUAUAAGCAGACAGAACACACAAACAACUUUGGACAGUAUACCCUCUGUACGAAGUAUGCCUGCUCUAACAAGACAGACUUCGCAAAUUUCAAUAUCUAAUGCGUCUCCAAAAAUAGGUAAUGGGGCUUUUGAGAAUUCGAUCGAUCCCCUCUGCAAAAGCAAUGGAAGUUUACCUCUUCAAAAGAGUGCUGAUGAUAAUAAUGAUCAUAAUCGGAAACAAAGCGAUUCAUUGAUAAUAGACCUAGAUAGAGAGGGAUUUUCAGCCGGCUUUCCCAUAGGAAUGACAUCUAUAUCUAAGGGCAAAAGGCGUUAUUAUGCCAAAUACAGUCAAAAGUGGCCAGGGAAGGAAGCCUUAAGUAUGUUACGAGAAUCUGCUAAAAUGGUGAAUAGCCUUGUUGUAGUAGAAACUAGUAAUUUAUCUGGUAACCAACUGGGAAAUGCUUCGUAUGUGAUCCAGAAACUCAUGAGGUUGGAUCUUGAAGGGCUAAUGAAUAAUAUACCCAAAUCUAAGAUAUAUGAUAGCAGCAAAAUGAGUUACUCCCCAUUAAAACUUAAAUGGAACCAUCAUAUUCUUGGUUGGUAUCUUUCAGUUAUUUGGGGAGAUAUAUUUGCUAACUAUAAUUGCUAUGAGGAGAAGGGACUAUUGGCAGAAAUUAGCUCGGGCUUGUCGGUCAUUAAAAGGGCCAGUUCAUCAUGGGGCUUUGGAAGUUGGAAGUUUGGUAAUAAGAAUUCUUUACCCAAAUCUUCUCCCCUGUCUUUAGAAUCCAACUCUGAUGAUAAAAAUCUCGAGCAACACAAUAGUACCUCGUAUGGAGACAAUAUUCUUGAGAAUCCUGUUUGGAUAGGUACGCAUAUUCAAUUGUUUAAAGUGAAUCCUGAACUACUUAGGGAUCACUAUACUAUGCUAAACAACAAGAGUGAAAUAUUUUAUUCUACCGGCUUGGGUGCUAUUUUCUCACCUGUUUUAGGUGACUCUUCCUGGAAGAGAAAUAGUACUACCACAUCUCAUCUGAACCAGAGGAAUGGCAGCUCUGUUUUCACAGAAGAAUUUUGGAAGAGACAAGGUGGAAGGGGUCUGGUGGACAGGCGUGGAAGUGACCACUCAUUGAAAUCACAUUUUAACCAUGAGUCACUAUCUGGACGACCAAGCAUUAGUUAG